AUAUAGCAAAGAGUGACCCAAUAUUAUAGGAGCUUUCUUCCAUCUCUCUCAAGAUCUUGAGUUGGGAGGAGAAAAGAGGCUGAAAUUUGCUCAAAAUUUGUGUCCUCAUCUCCCCUAUCUAAUUAAAAAUUGUGUCUUUACAGCUAUUGGCCACCAAAUUUCUAAAUCCCAUUAUUGUCGUUUCUUGAAUUUCAUUCAUGUGGCUGUAAUUGAAAUUCAAGAUUCUUUUACUAUCAGAUUUAUCAGGUACACAUUAGUCCACCGAGCUUAUAACUUUGUUAAAAUAUGGAAAAAGACUCCACCUUUGAUGUACUGAUGAUAAUGGGCAUUGAGUGAUAUCAUUUGGAUUUCAGAUUGUGGAAUUCAUUUGGUUGACUUGGUGGACAUUCAUAACUAGCUAGGGUUCAUGGCUAUUGACUGUAAAGAUUAAUGUUCUUUUUUCCACUGCACCAACUUUUAGCAGAAGCUUUAAGCUUAACUUUGAUAAUAUACUCUUGAGAUUUUCCAAUGGGUGAUAUAGCCAAGGAUUUAACAGCUGGGACUGUAGGUGGUGUAGCACAAUUGGUCGUUGGUCACCCUUUUGAUACCAUAAAGGUCAAGCUUCAAAGCCAGCCUACUCCACUUCCAGGGCAGCUUCCAAAAUAUUCUGGUGCUAUAGAUGCUGUCCGGCAAACAUUAGCUGCGGAAGGUGCCGGGGGGCUGUUCAAAGGCAUGGGAGCCCCACUUGCCACUGUUGCAGCCUUUAAUGCUCUGCUCUUCACCGUGAGAGGUCAAACAGAGGCAUUCUUGAGGUCUGAACCUGGAGUCCCUCUUACUGUGAGCCAGCAAGUUGUUUGUGGGGCUGUUGCCGGAACUGCUGUCUCUUUUCUUGCUUGCCCAACUGAGCUUAUAAAAUGCAGAUUGCAAGCUCAGGGUGCAUUGGCAAGUGUAGGCUCAGCUGCUGUGGCAGUGAAAUAUGCAGGGCCAAUGGAUGUAGCAAGACAUGUUCUUCGAUCCGAAGGAGGCAUGAUGGGUCUCUUCAAGGGCUUGUUUCCCACCAUGGCACGUGAAAUCCCCGGAAAUGCUGCUAUGUUUGGCAUGUAUGAAGCACUAAAGCAGUACUUUGCAGGAGGCACAGACACUUCAGGGUUGGGAAGAGGUUCUCUUAUUGUAGCAGGUGGCCUGGCUGGUGGUUCCUUCUGGAUUUCGGUGUAUCCAACAGACGUGAUCAAGAGUGUAAUCCAAAUCGAUGACUAUAAAAACCCAAAAUUCUCUGGCUUUUUUGAUGCAUUCAAGAAGAUCUUGGCAUCGGAGGGAGUCAAAGGCCUUUACAAGGGCUUUGGACCUGCUAUGGGACGUAGUGUCCCUGCAAAUGCUGCAUGUUUCUUGGCGUAUGAGAUGGCUAAGUCUAGUUUGGGAUAAUUCAUUGUUGAUGGGGAAGGAUUUUAGACAUUGUUAUUGAUAAUUCUUUGAACCUAACAUCUGCUGAUAUUCUGUAAUUUCCAGUUCAACUUAUUCUGCUUUUAUAGAUUUAGGCCAUUUUUUUCUUUGGUGGCUUCAAGAAGCAAAUUGUCUUUCAGAAACAAAUUCUCUCUUGAAAAAAAAGGGUGUCCUUUCAUGGUUGUUGACUAGACGAUCCGAGCAAUAAAAUUUCUCAAUUAUAACA